GUGCCACUCCCUCUAAAGGCUGUGUGAGCAGAUAGAGUGCCCUUGGCCUUUGGCUCUGGGUCACAGCAGAACACCCUACCUAUAAAGGUAGUGCUGGGAAGACUGGAACUGUCUGACAGUUGCCUGUUGGGUCGUGUCUAUUAGAAGGAGUAGGGCUCAGGACAGCACGGAAUGGUGCAGGACUCUGUGUCUCACCGUGGAUCUUUCAGCGUUCCCAUAUAUAUCAACCUCCUGAACGCUCGCCGAAACAAGACUAGACUCUCUUAACCAGUGCACUGCCUGCGCAGACAGAGCAUCUAUUCGAUGGCAGAGACCAAUGUCCCGAGCAGGCGGCGGGAAUGGACAUCACAGACACCCACGUCGAGCGUGGGCGAGGACAGGGCCGUCAUCCUGGGCUUCGCCAUGAUUGGCUUCUCCGUGCUCAUGUACUUCUUAUUUGGAUUCACCAUCGUGAGACCCUACCUGAACAGCCCCUGGAUCAAGGAGUCCACAUGCAAGCUGAUCCAGGUGGAUGUCCUGAGUGAUCAGGUGGACUGCAGAGACCAGUGCAGUUACCCAUGCCUGAAGGUGCUGGUGAACUUCUCCCACUCUGGACGUGAAGUUGUGCUACGCUACAAGGAAGCAGCUUUUGACCUUGUCCACAAGUGUUUCUUUGUGCCCAAAUGCCAGAGGUAUAAAAAAGAGGUAUUAGAAGAGACUCAGAGAAUUCAGAGCUGGCUGUUGAAGCAAGAGGACGGUUUCUUCAGCUGCUACUCUCGCUUCGAGGACCACCCCAAGGAGGCCGUCUUGACCAGGAAGUACGACGGCUGGCUGGUGCUGCAGUGCGUGUGCUGGUCCACGCUGAUGCUGUUGGGUGGGGUUAGCAUCGUGUGCCUGGUGAAACUGACUCAGAGGCUGGCUCACAUGUGUCAAAGGCUCGAGGCCAUGGAGGGUCCAGGCGGGUAGCUGCCGGCGCCAACAGCGAGCGAGGAACGAUGGGGAACACCUGCGGCUAGCGUGCUGGUUAAUGACAUGGACUAGUGACCCUGAAGGUUGUAGGUUCCAGGAGGGGCUUUGCUGUGAGUACUGUAGCUUUAAGCAAGGCCCUGAAAAUGACUGUAGCCAUUUAGACCAAUACUGUAAAUCUCCUUGGAAAAACC